AUGUUCUGCAUUGGUGUUCUUCCCGCUUGUUGGACUUGGCACACCACACAAGCGAACACUCGCAUCAAUAUUCUAUCCUCUCUGAUUGACCCCAACGACAACAACUUCGACAUCCCGACACCCGUAGUCACGAUGCCGUCCCAAAAGUCCUUCCGCACCAAGCAGAAGCUUGCCCGCGCGCAGAAGCAGAACCGCCCCAUCCCCCAGUGGAUCCGCCUGAGGACCAACAACACCAUCAGGUACAACGCCAAGCGACGACAUUGGCGCAAGACUCGUCUCGGUAUCUAGACGACUCGCCCCCGCACCCUCAGCCUCGAUUGCCGAUUUCUCAUACCCUUCUUCACGUCAAAUACCAACACGAACGAGCAAUCACGAGCGUCAUGCACGACAUGGCGACAGGCACUGGAGCGAGGUCUACCUUAUGCAUGGAGUAGAAUGGUGGGCACGUUACUUCACCGGAUACUCUCACUCUGGCGCAAUGGGUCUGAAAAUGAUAUCGGAAAUCAAGUCAUGAUGGAACAGGCUAGGCAGUGAUAAUGAAUGCACUUGCUGAGUCACACA